AAGAAGCUAACGUUCAGCUGUAGAGGAACUGCAGCAUACACCGCUAAGCUAACGGCGGCUAAUGUUAGCGUGAUGACUCGUAGAAGCUGUAGACAUUCAGCAGUGAGGAACUAACGACGGAUUUGUGUGUGUGUGUGUUCACGUCUUGUUUACGACACAUCAUGAUGAUUAACUGUGAUUGUUAAAUCUGUCACUCACCAUCACUCAUGCAGUUCAUUCACCUUUGUGUGUGUGUGUGUGUGUGUGAGUAUGUGUGUGUGUGUGUGUGUGUGUGUGUGUGUGUGUGUGUGUAACCACUCUGUGUUCCUCUUUCAGGACGACUACAUUCCUUACCCGAGGAUCGAGGAGGUGUUGGAGAGGGGGGGGCCGUACCCGCAGGUUAUCUUGCCUGAGUUCGGAGGUUACUGGAUCGAGGACCCCGACGCUGAUCCACCCCUCUCAGAGAGGGGGGGGGGGGGCUCAGCCCCAGGGGAUUAUGGGUACCGGCUGGAGGAGGUCAGUGAGGCUGCACGAGCGUACAGGAAGCACUUCAUGGGCCAGGAACAUUUAAACUUCUCCUGCUCAGCCAGCAGCGUCGGAAACCUGCUGCUGUCAGUGAAGCACGAAGACGAGCCGGAGACGCUGCUCGUCAUCGUGCGGUCUCGGGUGAAAAGCGUCUUCAGCAGACUGUCCCUGACAGAACUGCCAGAGAUUCCCAGUGUACCAGAGCUCGCCAAGCUGCUGUGUAAUGAAGCAGCAGGUCUGCGCUUCAGCCCCGUCCUCUACCCGAAGGCGUCUCAGCUGAUAGUAAACUACGACGAGCACGAGAUCAACAACACCUUCAAGUUUGGAGUCAUUUACCAGAGGUUUGGACAGGUGUCGGAGGAGGAGCUGUUCAGGAACAAGGUGGAGACGCCGGCGUUCACAGAGUUCCUGCAGCUGCUGGGAGACACGGUGGAGCUGCAGGACUUCAGGGGCUUUCGGGGGGGUCUGGACGUGUCUCACGGUCAGACGGGGUCUCAGUCCGUCUACAGCGUCCACCGGCAGCAGGAGCUCAUGUUCCACGUCUCCACCAAACUGCCCUUCACCGAGGGAGACGCACAGCAGCUGCAGAGGAAACGCCACAUAGGAAACGACAUUGUUGCGGUAGUGUUCCAGGAGGAGGCCACGCCUUUUGUCCCCGACAUGAUCGCCUCCAACUUCCUGCACGCCUUCAUCCUGGUGCAGGUGGAGGAGCCCGGCUGUGACUGCACCUCCUACAAGGUGUCCGUCACAGCCCGAGAAGACGUUCCUCCGUUUGGCCCGCCCCUCCCAAAUCCAGCUGUUUUUAAGAAGGGUCCGGAGUUCAGAGAGUUUCUGCUCACUAAACUCAUCAACGCAGAGCUGGCCUGCUACAAGAGUGAACGCUUUGCCCGACUGGAGGAGCGUACCCGGGCUGCUCUGCUAGACAGCCUCUUGGAUGAACUGAACAGACGCUCUCAUUGCAUGCUGGGAUUGAUGUCAGGUCUCGAGGAGGAGGGGCGAGCCGAGAACGGACACGUCCACGGAGGUCUGCUGGAGUCUAUCAAGAGAGCGAUGCGAGGGCGGAGCGUCUCCAUGGAGACCAUGUCGCGGGGGGGGGGUGGCCUGCCCACCAGUCUGAGUGGGGGGGGUCUCGCACACAUCAGCGCCGAGUGUAACGUGAAAUCUCCCGUGAAGAGACGCUCAGGACUUUUCCCUCGUCUGCUGAGCGUCGACAGCCAAACAGAGAAACACAACCAGAGGAGUCUCCUCAGUGAGCAGAGGAGCUUCGACAGCUGCCACGCGACACCGGAGGUGAGAGAGCUGCCGCCCAGUCCCAGCUCUCCAGAGGCGGUGCAGCGGGACAGGAUUCACAUGAAGAAGGAGAGCAGUAAGAUUUCCAGAUCAACAUCCAGCAGCUGCAGCUUCGGCGUCUCCACUGCUGACGACACACAUCUGGCUGUGAUGGCAGAAAGUCAAAGUUCAAGUCCGCUCAUCAUCUGCAGCCCCUCAGAGCUGAAGAAUAAAAACUCUCCCAGAUCAAACCUCAAGUUUCGUUUUGACAGGUCGAGUCACUCUGCAGCAGGAAACUGAAGUGAGUGAGCAGACUAACAGGAGGAAGAGGAGGAACACACACACACACACACAUUUCUCUUGAGUAACGUUGGGAUUUAACCCUCGUGCCUCACUUUAGAAGCUCUGAAGUCCUUAAAUAAAAACAUAUUAAUUUCAUUUACACAGAGUUUAAUCUUUAAACUUGAGUUCUGAUCAAAACUACAAAUAUUAUUUUAUAAAAGUUUCACACGAACAUUUAAUGAUCUCAGGAAGUUUGAUCGUCUCACAUCGUGUGGAAACCAUGGAAACAGCACCGUCCCAAACAGGACAACAUGUGUUUCAAUGUGUGUGUGUUGGAUACACACUUUACUACACACUGUGUUACUUUAUUACACACUUUUUUACUUUUUACUUUAUUACUUUAUUGCACACUUUGUUACUUUAUUACUUUAUUACA